ACGACAAGCACUUUACUGUCAACGACUUUUUCGCACCCUUAGACCCAGGCAACGAAGCCGCACUAGUCAAAGUCCAAAUUCACAAGCGACACAUUCGCCAUGCCCAAGAACAAGGGAAAGGGUGGUAAGAACCGAAGAAGAGGAAAGAACGAGAACGACAACGAGAAGCGUGAGCUCACCUUCAAGGAGGAGGGUCAGGAAUACGCCCAAGUCGUCAAGAUGCUGGGUAACGGCCGACUGGAAGCACAAUGUUUCGACGGCGAGAAGAGACUAGGACACAUCCGUGGCAAGCUGCGAAAGAAGGUCUGGAUCAACCAGGGCGACAUUAUCCUCUUGUCGCUGCGUGACUACCAGGACGAGAAGGGCGACGUCAUCCUCAAGUACAACGCCGACGAAGCACGAAGCUUGAAGGCAUACGGCGAGCUGCCCGAGUCGGCCAAGAUCAACGAGACCGACACAUACGGCGGUGAGGAAGAGGGCAUCGGCUUCGACUUCGGCGAGGACGACAGCGAGAGCGGCGGUGAGGUCGACAUUGACGACAUCUAAGCAACUCGCUUGGAUUGUGCAGUUGGGCUGCUGGCGAUGCAUAGAUGGAUCUGCCAGGCGGCAUUCACGAUUUUAACCAGCGUUGGGCGUCCUUUUCUUUCACGAGCAUCUUCCUUCAAACUGGGUCUGACGCCGCCGGGCUGGCAAAAAUGAACUUCUUUUACUACCUGCUUCUACUACCUGACGAACGCAAUGCAUAAACAAUACCCUAGUACCCCG